AAUCAAUCUUCCAAGUAACAAGAAAAAUGGUUGCAACUAUUAAACCUCUUUUGCUAGCCUUCAGCAUAAUGCUAUUAGGUCUAGUACUUGCCAUUAAGGCUGACAAUGAUUUAACUACCGAUAUUGGUAGUAAGAGAUAUUUGAUAAAGAUUGGUAAAAAACUCAAUUGGUUUCAAGCUAAUCAUGCUUGUACACGUGCUGGAAUGACUUUAGCAUCUAUUGAAUCGGAAACAGAACAAAAAAAUCUAAGAGAUUAUUUGUACGCUCAGGGUCACUUAACCGAUGGUUUCUGGUUAUCUGGUAAUAAUUUAAAUGAUAAAGAUGUUUUCACUUGGCUAUCAAGUGGUAAUAAAUUGUCUUACACUUCAUGGAAAAGUGGUCAACCCGAUAGUAAUGCUGUAGGUACUGCAGAAUAUUGCACUGUUACUGAUUCAGACUUUAAGUGGACCACUGGUCAUUGUACAGAUGCGGCUGUUACCAAUUACUAUAUAUGUUCGAGACCACUUGUACCUAACUGUGGCAUUACGGGACGCUGUAAAAUAAACAGAGGUUUCUACUAUUGAUUUGAUAUGAAACCAAAUUAAAGAAUAUUAAUAAAAAUGUGGAUUUUUAAGAACAUUUAAA